GAAGUAACAAAGCCAAGGACAAUUUCUCUUCAACCAGAGUAAGCAAGUACUCACUGGAGCCAACAUCAUGGGCAAGAAGAACAAGAAGUCCGCCGAGCACAAGGAGCGGGUAGCAGCGAAACAGUCGAAGAAAGCUGCCCAGAAAGAGAAGAGAGGCAAGACCAAGGGCAAAGAUGCAGACAGCGAUGCUGAAGAUGCCGAUUUGGACGCCAUCCUUGCUCAAUAUGCAGAGGAGCAAGCCAGGUUCCUUAAGGUCACCGAGACUGUCAGUGGGCCUCCCACUCCUCGGUCCUCUGCCACCGUAUUGGCCUCGCCGUCGAACCAGAACGAACUUCUGGUCUUUGGUGGAGAGUACUUCGAUGGAAAUCUAGCUACGUUCUUCAAUAACCUUUUCAUCUACAACAUCAACCGUGGGGAAUGGAAGGAGAUUAACAGUCCCAACAGUCCUCUCCCCCGGAGCGGACAUGCAUGGUGCCGUGGCGGCAACACUGGAGGCGUCUACUUGUUCGGAGGAGAGUUCUCUUCCCCGAAACAGGGAACUUUCUACCACUACAAUGAUUUCUGGCACCUUGAUCCCUCGACAAGGGAAUGGACCCGUCUGGAAACGAAGGGCAAGGGGCCUCCGGCUAGAAGUGGUCACCGAAUGACUUACUACAAGAACUACAUCAUUCUGUUUGGAGGAUUUCAAGAUACCUCGCAACAGACCAAAUACCUCCAGGACCUGUGGAUCUACGAUUGCUCAAAGUAUACUUGGUUCACUCCGAAUCUUUCAGCAGCUUCGCAGAAACCUGACCCACGUUCAUCUUUCUCUUUCUUGCCGCACGACACAGGUGCCGUUCUCUACGGUGGCUAUUCCCGCGUCAAAGUUAGCGCCGGUGUCGGGGGAAAGCCAGUGAAGAACGGCCCUCAGCGGAUGACCAUGAAACCUAUGGUUCAUCAGGAUACUUGGUUCCUUCGAAUCACGCCUCCACCUGCUGAUGCUCCGGUGAACACACUCCCGACAGUGCGCUGGGAGCGCAGAAAGAAGCCUGCUAACUCGCCCAACCCGCCUCGUGCCGGUGCCACCAUGGCGUACCACAAGGGUCGAGGUAUCAUGUUCGGUGGUGUUCAUGAUGUUGAGCUCAGCGAGGAAGGAAUUGACAGCGAGUUCUUUGACACCAUGUUUGCCUGGAAUACUGACCGUAACCGCUUCUUCCCCCUGACCCUGAGACGCCCCAGGGCACAAGGCAAGAAACAGACGGCAAACCAGUUCAAAUCUCGCGACCGUAGCAAAGCUACCGAAGAGGAACUUCUACAGAACCUGAAAGCACUGGAGGCCAAGGGAGGCAUCCGUGGUUUGGAUGACGAUGAGGAACUGCAAUUGGCAUCCAAGGCCGAUGAGGAGCCGGCUGAACCAGAGAAACCGGCCGUGAUACGAUUCGAAAUGCCUCAUCAACGAUUCAAUGCGCAGUUGGCGGUGCAAGACGACACUCUAUUCAUCUUUGGUGGAACCUUUGAGAAGGGAGAUCGGGAGUUCACGUUCAAUGACCUGUACUCCAUUGAUUUGGUCAAGCUCGAUGGGGUCAAGGAGAUUUACUAUGAUGAACCUGGGAACUGGCAUCUGCUCAACGAAGCAGAUAGCGACGACGAGAUGGAUGAGGAUGAUGAGGAUGAUCUUGAAGAAGAUGAGGAAGGUGAUGAAGAUGCCAUGUCCCUUGACACUGCCUCCCCUGCGCCGACCGAGGUUACUGUACCAUCGGUGACCAAGGAAUUGGAACAGCUUGAUGUGGAAGAGCAGGAGUCAGAGCCAACCGUCCAGGAUAGCAGACCCCUUCCUCGUCCUUUCGAGAGCUUGCGUGAAUUCUUUACUCGGACAUCUGAAGAUUGGCAAAAGAUUCUGAUGGACACUUUGAAAGAAAGAGGCGUCUCGUUGGACAAGAACAUCAAAGAACUUCGUAAGGAUGCAUUCAACAUGGCAGAGGAGAAAUGGUGGGAUAGCAGAGAAGAGAUCAUGGCUCUGGAAGACGAGCAAGAGGAGGCUGGUAUUGGUGAGGUGGUCAGCAUUGCUGAUCGAGCGGACAAUGCCGGAGGCGCUGGAAGACGCAGGUAACCUUAGAU